AUGUCUAAGGCCCACACUUCCUGGCCAUACCAGAGGCGCAAGAUGUUUUGUCCCCAACAGCAACCAAACAAAGAACUGAACAUCUUCCACCAGCAGCCCCCGCCACCCGGCGAGGCAGCAGGACACAUGAUGUGUCCCCCGAACCAUCAGGUCAGAGGGCAGGAUCCAGCUUAUCUCAUCAGGGAGUUCCGCUCACUGGCGCUGAACCCUCAGCAGCCAGAAGGAAGCAGGGGCCAACAGAGGGCAAAGGGCCCCGAGCACAGUCUGGCUAGCCAGUAUGAGGAGAAGGUGCGCCCCUGCAUCGACCUCAUCGACUCCCUGCGGGCGCUGGGCGUGGAACAGGACCUGGCCCUGCCCGCCAUCGCCGUCAUCGGGGACCAGAGCUCGGGCAAGAGCUCCGUGCUGGAGGCUCUGUCGGGGGUCGCCCUCCCCAGAGGCAGUGGAAUUGUGACCAGGUGCCCGCUGGUGCUGAAGAUGAAGAGGCAGCCACACGAGAGCGCAUGGCGGGGGAAGAUCAGCUACCGCAAGACAGAGCUCCAGCUCCAGGACCCCUCCCAGGUGGAGAAGGAGGUCCUCAAAGCCCAGAACACCAUAGCUGGGAACGGAGUUAGCAUCAGCCAUGAGCUCAUUAGUCUGGAGAUCACCUCCCCUGAGGUUCCGGAUCUGACCCUCAUUGACCUUCCUGGCAUCACCAGGGUACCUGUGGGAAACCAGCCCCAGGACAUUGGACUGCAGAUUAAGGCACUCAUCAAGAAGUACAUCCAGAAGCAACAGACGAUCAACUUGGUGGUGGUCCCCUGCAACGUGGACAUCGCCACCACAGAGGCGCUGAGCAUGGCUCAGGAGGUGGACCCCGACGGCGACAGGACCAUAGGAAUCCUGACCAAACCAGAUCUCGUGGACAAGGGUACCGAACACGUGGUCGUGAAAGUGGCGCAGAACCUCACGUACCGUCUGCAGAAGGGCUACAUGAUCGUGAGGUGCCGGGGGCAGGAGGAGAUCACCAACAAGCUGAGCCUGGCCGAGGCAACCAAGAAAGAAACGAUGUUCUUCCAAGCACAUCCGUAUUUCAGAGUUCUCCUGGAGGAAGGAAAGGCUACAGUGCCCUGUCUGGCAGAAAGACUGACCAAUGAACUCAUCUUGCACAUCAAUAAAUCACUCCCGUUGUUAGAAAAGCAAAUAAGGGAGAGCCACCAGAGGGCGACAGAGGAACUGCACCAGUGCGGAGACAACAUCCCCAGCAAUGAAGCGGAUAGAAUGUUCUUUCUGAUCGAGAAAAUUAAGGUGUUUAAUCAGGAAAUUGAAAAGUUAAUAGAGGGAGAAGAAGAAGUAAAGAAGAAAGAUACCCGCUUAUAUAACAAAAUCAGGGAGGAGUUUGAAAGCUGGCUACUUGUACUCACAGCCAAUAACCAAAAAGUUAAAAAUAUUAUUCACGAAGAAGUCUCAAUAUAUGAAAAGCAGUAUCGCGGCAAAGAGCUUCUUGGAUUUGUCAGCUACAAGACGUUCAAGACCAUAGUGCACCAGUACAUGGAACAGCUGAUAGACCCCGCGCUCUCCAUGCUCCACAAGGCUGUUGAAAUUGUCUGGCAAACGUUUGCCGAUUCAGCCAAGAGGCAUUUUAGUGAGUUUUCCAACCUCAAUCAAAUGGCCCAGAACAAGAUUGAAGACAUAAAAACGAGACAAGCAGAAACAGCAGAAAAUCUGAUCCGACUUCAGUUCCAAAUGGAGCAGCUGGUUUAUUGUCAAGACGAGAUUUACAGCGUGGUUCUGAACCAAGUCCGGAAAGAGGUUUUCAACCCAGUGGGAAAGCCCUUGCAGAAUCCUGAGUUGAAACUGUCAUUCUCAAAAGAGCAGUCUUCGGUGUCGUCCGUCACUGAGAUUGGGAUGCACCUGAAUGCGUAUUUCUGGGAGACCAGCAAACGUCUCGCCAACCAGAUCCCAUUCAUAAUUCAGUAUUUCCUACUCCAAGAGUAUGGCAGUUGCUUACAGAAAGCCAUGAUGCAGAUACUACAGGAGAGAGAGCACUAUUCCUGGCUGCUUCAGGAACAGAGCGACACCUCCGCCAAGAGGAGAGUCCUUAAGGAGAAGAUAUACCGGCUGGCUCAGGCGCGGCGCGCUCUCUAUAAUUUCUGCAAUUAA